AUGGACCACCAGCAUCAUGGUCCACCGGCAUCAUGGUCCACCGGCAUCUUGGUCCACCGGCAUCAUGGUCCACCGGCAUCAUGGUCCACCGGCAUCUUGGUCCACCGGCAUCAUGGUCCACCGGCAUCAUGGUCCACCGGCAUCAUGGACCACCGUCGCCGUGGACCACGGGCAUCAUGGUCCACCGGCAUCAUGGUCCAGCGGCAUCAUGGACCACCGUCGCCGUGGACCACGGGCAUCAUGGUCCACCGGCAUCUUGGUCCACCGGCAUCAUGGUCCACCGGCAUCUUGGUCCACCGGCAUCAUGGUCCACCGGCAUCAUGGUCCACCGGCAUCAUGGACCACCGUCGCCGUGGACCACGGGCAUCAUGGUCCACCGGCAACAUGGUCCACUGGCAUCAUGGUCCACCGGCAACAUGGUCCACUGGCAUCAUAGUCCACCGGCAUCAUGGUCCACUGGCAACAUGGACCACCAGCAUCAUGGUCCACUGGCAACAUGGACCACCGGCAUCAUGGUCCACCGGCAUCAUGGUCCACCGGCAUCAUGGACCACCGGCAUCAUGGUCCACCGGCAUCAUGGUCCACCGGCAUCAUGGACCACCGUCGCCGUGGACCACGGGCAUCAUGGUCCACCGGCAUCAUGGUCCACCGGCAUCAUGGACCACCGUCGCCGUGGACCACGGGCAUCAUGGUCCACCGGCAUCAUGGACCACCGGCAACAUGGUCCACUGGCAUCAUGGACCACCGGCAUCAUGGUCCACCGGCAACAUGGUCCACUGGCAACAUGUACCACUGGCAUCAUGGACCACCGGCAUCAUGGUCCACCGGCAACAUGGUCCACUGGCAACAUGUACCACUGGCAUCAUGGACCACCGGCAUCAUGGUCCACCGGCAACAUGGUCCACUGGCAACAUGUACCACUGGCAACAUUGUCCACCGGCAUCAUGGUCCACCGGCAUCAUGGUCCACCGGCAUCAUGGUCCACUGUUGCCAUGGACCACUGGCAUCAUGGACCACCGGCAUCAUGGACCAUCCGGCAUCAUGGACCACCGGCAUCAUGGUCCACCGUCGCCAUGGACCACCGGCACCAUGGUCCACGGGCCACACAGUCCAGACCACUUUACCAAUGUUUCUCGUCCCACUAAUGGAUACAAACGCGACGCAGCAGCCGGUGGAUCAAUGCUUUCUUCCCUGAACAAUAUCCUGGAGCCUUUACCACCAUGA